AGCGCGCCGGGUGUCAGCAGCGAGCAGCGGCGGGCGGCGCUCCCGGUGCGUGCCGGCCCCGCUCCGCGCUCCGAUGGCCGCCGGCCGCCGGGUUCCCCCGCACGGCGACGGCGGUGCGGUGCUGCUGCGGGGCCGCUUCUCCCCGGGAUCGUCUCCCGGUUCGGUUUCGUGGUCCGUCGCUCUGACCGAACGGGAGCUGCAGGUGCUGCGUCCCGGCGGCCCCGACGCGGCGCUCCGUUUGGCCGAUUGCGUGGGCAGCGCCGCGUUCCCGUCCGGCCCCGCCGCCGCCUGCUUCUCCCUCGUGGGUUACCCGUUCCGUAAGGCCCGAUGGGGUUCCCCCGCCCGGCAGCGCCUGCAGAGGACUUUCCGCGUUUCCCAACACCCCGACGCCGAGGAGAAUCUCCGCAUCGCCCAGGCCUGGAGCCAACGCAUCCGAGAGCUCUCGCUGCCCGCAGCGCCCACGCGGGACGGUGCCAGCUAUGGGGUGCUGCCCCGGCCCUGCCGAGCUCUGGUGCUGCUGAACCCGCAGAGCGGCGCUGGCCGCGCGCUUGAGGACUUCCAGGCAGUGGUGCAGCCCAUGCUGGCUGAUGCUGACAUCACACCCACCGUCUUUGUCACUGAGAGACCCCACCACGCCCAGGAGAAGGUGCAGGAUGAAGACCUGUCGCAGUGGGAUGUGCUGGUGGUGAUGUCUGGGGAUGGUCUGCUGCACGAGGUGCUGAAUGGGCUGAUGGAGCGGCCGGACUGGGAGCAGGCCCUGCAGACACCGCUGUGCAUCCUGCCUGGGGGCUCUGGGAAUGCCCUGGCUGCCUCCAUCAACUACUAUGCAGGCAACGACCACGUGGCCAAGAAGAAACUGCUGACCAACUGCACCUUCAUCCUGUGCAAGGGGCUGCACGCUCCGAUGGACCUGGUCUCAUUGAGCACAGCCUCAGGCAAACGCUUCUUCUCCUUCCUGGGCUUCGGAUGGGGUUUCAUCGCCGACGUGGACAUUGACAGUGAGAAGUACCGGCGGCUGGGCAACGCACGCUUCACGCUGGGCACGCUGCAGUGCUUGGUUCGCCUGCGCGUCUACCAGGGCCGCCUCUCCUACCUGCCUGCAGCCACCGAGCCGGGCAGCGCCAGGGACCCCGAGCCGCGCCGGGCCGCACCGACGGCGGGGACGGAGGCGCCGGGCGGGGACAGGGAGCCGCUCGCCGACGCGCUGCUGGCGCCGCUGGGGCAGCCGGUGCCGCCGCAUUGGGUCGUGGUGCCCGAGGAGGAAUUCGUCUGCGUCUACGCCAUCUACCAGUCCCACCUGGGCACCAACCUGCUGAUGGCUCCGGCGGCGCGGCUGCACGACGGCUGCAUGCACCUCUUCUACGUGAGGGCCGGCAUCAGCCGCGUGGCGCUGCUGAAGAUCUUCCUGGCCAUGGGCAGAGGCACGCAUCUGGAGCUGAACUGCCCCCACCUGCACUGCGUCCCGGUGCGCGCCUUCCGCCUGGAGCCGCGGGGCAGCGCCGGCAUCAUGACGGUGGACGGGGAGGCGCUGGCGUGCGAGCCGGUGCAGGGGCAGAUCCACGGCCAGCCGUGCCGCGUGGUCACCGGUUCCUAGGGCCGGCAGCGGGCGCGCAGCCCUCCUCGCACUCAGGAACCUCCUCUUCCAGCAAUAGCUCCCCGCGCCCGCGGGCGCUCGGCCUUUUGCUUAGCUUUACCCUCCUGGGGACGGCGCCGUCCCAGGAACGAGCCACGAGCCGCGGCAGGUACUCGAGUGCCGGCUCCGUCCCGGUGCCAUCGGUACGACGUCCCGGUCCUGGGCGGCUGCGCCGGCACAGCCUCGGCCCCAGGUUCGGUGGCACCGCCCGCGUCCCCGCCGGGCUGAGCCAGGACCAACGAUCUACCGGCAGACAUCAAUCAUUUGUUGGUUUGUUGGUUUUGUUUUUUUUUAAAGAGUGUUUCUACCCAAAGCUUCCCGUAGAAGCAGAGUUUAUUCUUGUGAGAAAUGCAAUAAAUAUUUAGCGUUUGCAAAAAAAAA